AUGGGCUUAAUUUCUCUGAGGUUUAAAGCUGCAGAGUUACUCUUCAUGAAAUCUCAAUCCAGCUUCAAUGCCUUGUUUGAUCUUCGCAUCUUCCUCCACAAACCACACGGAGUCCUGCAGGCCUCGUAUGUAUUGGGUGGAGGAGCAUUAUGUGGCAUGGAACUUCCUCACAAAACAGCUGAUUCUUUAAGGUUAAAAGAAUAUUGGCACAGAAACAGCCCUGCUGUUCCAGCAGAAGCAAACAGGAACAGGAAAACAAAUGGCAGUAGCCCUGAGACAUCCACUUCUGCUGGUUGCCACUCAGCUCGGGAUAGCCUGUGCCAAGAACAAGCAGUAGUCCUUGACUCGAGGUCCAUCAAAAUCAGUCGACUGAAUAACACCAUCAAAUCUUUGGAACAACAGAAGAAACAAGUGGAACAUCAGCUGGAAGAAGAAAAGAAGGCAAACAAUGAGAAACAGAAAGCCGAAAGGGAGCUAGAGGUUCAAAUCCAGAGAUUGAACGUACAGAAAAAGAAACUAACUAUAGACCUGUAUCACACGAAACGCUCUCUCAUAAUCUUUGAAGAAGAGUCGAAAGAUCUGGCUGCCCGCCUGCAACGUUCAUCGCAGCGUACGGGAGAGUUAGAGCGGGCUCUGUCUGCUGUCACCGCCACACAGAAGAAGAAGGCGGACAAGGUGAGUCUGACCACCUGCCCCAUCUCCUGGGAGCCCGGCUUCGCAGAUGGAGGAGUGAGCCUAAGGGUCCCUUCUGCAGGAUGGAGUGUCCUGCCCAGAAGGCGGCAUGGCCAUGUCUCGCUGCUUUUGUGUCUGGUUGUUAGAGGCAGCCUGGGGCUGAGUCAGCUGCUGUGGGUGAGUUGGGGGGUGCGGUGGGGAGCGAGCACUGGACACAGAGCUUGGAGGCCAAGUGCCUGCCCUGCCCUUACCUGGCUGGGGUCUUGGCCAAGUCCUAGGUGGGGUAUUGGGUACUUGUACUGUGAAGGUACAGAAGAGUACCUUUAGUAUGUUACCAUUUCUGUAGAGAGAGGAAACCUGUGUGUGUGUGCGUGUGUGUGUGUGUACAUACUAUGAAAAUGUACAUAAAAUAAGACUGCAAGGUUCAUAAAAAACUCAGGAGAGAGCAAGAGGGUGGCUGGGAGAUACUUCCCUUCUGUACCUUCUGAAUUUUGGACUAUUCGAAUGUAUCAUCCUUUCAAACAGUGAACAAGAGAUUCAGUUUCCCCUUCCUAUCUGUGUCCCCCAGCAAGAAAAUGGGCUUAGAGAAUCGGAUAGAUCUGGCUGUUCAAAUCCCAGCUCUGCCUAAGUGAUCUUAGGCAAGCAUUUAACCUCAAAUACUCCAUGUGUUUUCAUGUACACAAUAGAGGUCAUCAUAGUAACUGUCUCCUGUGGUGGUUGUGAGGAUUAAAUGGGAUUGCUAGCAUGGUGCCUGGUGAAGCACUCCAUAAAGGUUCAAACAGUGCUAGUAAUAACAGUAAUAACAAGAGCAAUAUUAUCUGAUCUCUCUGGGCCUCUGUUAGGCAGCUGUAAAUUCCAUCUCUUUCCCUGUCCCUUCCAACUUUACUGAGUUCUUUUAAAAACCAGACCACGGGUAAAUGCCUCGAUCUGUACUGACCGUGUUGUAUACUGAGCCUAGCCCUAGCCUGUUUAAGGGGCACUGUAUGGAAUGGCCCAGGUUCCCCAGAUAGAAACUUCUCACUCUUCACC